AUGUCUAAUAAGCAGUUUCCUGAGGACGAAAUUCCAUCAGAUAUGGCGUACCGUACAAUCAAAGACAACUUGGUUGAUGAUGGGGCUCCCACUCUCAAUCUCGGAUCUUUCGUAACGACAUAUAUGGAAGAUGAGGCCAAGAAACUCAUCAUUGACUCGUUGAGCAAGAACCUGGCGAACCAUGAAGCCUAUCCCGUAACUACCGACCUCCAGAAUCGCUGCCUCGACAUGAUUGCUCAACUCUUCAACGUGCCAACCAAUGGGGAGCCAGAUGUCACCGCUGUAGGAACCAGUACUGUGGGGUCAUCAGAAGCAAUCCUUUUGGCUACGCUCGCAAUGAAGAAGCGGUGGAUCAAUAGACAAAGGUCCGCCGGCAAAGACGUCAGUAGACCAAAUUUGAUUAUGAGUUCUGCUGUGCAGGUAUGUUGGAAGAAGGCGAUGCUGUACUUUGACGUCGAGCCGAAAUACAUAUAUUGUACCAAAGAACGAUGGACUAUGGAUGCAAUAGAGGCUGUUGAGCUUGUGGACGAAAACACGAUUGGCAUUUGUGCGAUUCUGGGAACGACCUAUACCGGCGAGUACGAAGACAUCAAAGCCAUCAAUGAUUUACUAGCCGAACGGGACCUAGAUGUUCCAAUUCAUGUCGACGCGGCCUCGGGAGGAUUCGUUGCUCCCUUUAUUGAACCCGACCUACUUUGGGACUUUCGCCUUGAGAAGGUCGCAUCGAUCAAUGUUUCUGGCCACAAGUAUGGUCUUGUCUAUGCUGGAAUUGGUUGGAUUAUAUGGCGUGGACGAGAAUAUUUACCUAAAGAACUCACCUUCAACAUCAAUUACCUUGGCACAGAGCAAUCUUCACUCACACUCAACUUUUCACGUGGCGCCUCACCCAUUGUCAGUCAAUAUUACAACUUUAUCCGUCUCGGUAGACAAGGCUAUCGCCGGGUUAUGCUCAACCUGCUGCGAACGACAGAGUAUCUGGCCACAAAACUAAAAGACUUGGACUGCUUCAUAAUCAUGUCCAAGCGACACGGAAGGGGCCUUCCACUUAUUGCUUUACGUCUCGAUCCGGCCAAAAGCUAUGCCUUCGACGAGUUCACCAUAUACCACGAGCUCCGCCAGCAAGGUGGUUGGAUUGUACCGGCGUACACUAUGGCACCGCAUGCCGAGGACCUGAAGAUGCUUCGGAUAGUGAUUCGGGAAGAGUUCUCGUACGCUUUGUGCGACGCUUUGGUUGCAGACUUUCGUGCGGUCCUUGGUCGUUUGUGCAAGAGUAAAUUUACGCCACUGGCACAAAAAGAAAUCCAUGCUAUCGAUACGGCGGUUAUAAUAGUAUAA